AUGUCCAACGCUGAUGACCUCGCUGCUGGGAACGGCUUUCUUUUCCACAAUGACGUUGGUGCUGACGACGAUUUGCUAAACAUUGGAAAUAUUGGAUCUUUAAUUCCUCCUCAAGCUUUAGAACCUCAACAAGAUCAUCAUAUUACUCAACUUCCAGAAGAUCAUAGUACUGGCUCAUCUAUGGACGAUGGGAUCCCUAUUGCUGCUGCUAGCGUGGAACAAUUACCUGAUGAUGAAACAAAUAAUAAUCAACUGGCUCCAUAUAGUAAUAAUCACAAAGAGAAUACCUCUACUACAAAGAAGAAAAAUCAAGAUCCAAAUUAUUUAGCUUUAUCAACAAAAAACAAUAAUAAAUCCACUUCAAAAAAAUCAAAAUCAACAAAGAGUAAACCUGCUUUUGUUUUGAAAAUUUGGUCAAUGGUUAAUGAUGAAACAAAUAAUGAUUUAAUUAAAUGGUAUCAAGAUGGUAAUUCAUUUAUUGUUACAAAUAGAGAAUCUUUUGUUCAACAAAUUUUACCAAAAUAUUUUAAACAUUCGAAUUUUGCAAGUUUUGUACGUCAAUUAAAUAUGUAUGGUUGGCAUAAAGUUCAAGAUGCUUCAUCUGGUUCUUUACAUAGUGAUGAAAAAUGGCAAUUUGAAAAUAAAAAUUUUAUAAGAGGCAAACCUGAAUUAUUAGAUAAAAUUGUUAGAAAUAAACCAAAUGAAGAUUUAAAUAAUGGGAAUGGUUCAAUGGGGAAUAAUUCAAAUGAUUCAAAUUUACAAUUUGAUGUUAAUUUAUUAAUUCAUGAAUUAAAUCAAUUAAAAUCUAAUCAACAAAAAAUUACUCAAGAAUUAUCAAGAGUUAGAUCUGAUAAUGAAUUAUUAUGGCAAGAAUUAUUCAGUUCAAGAGAGAAAAAUCUUGUUCAAAAUGAUAAAAUUGAAAAAAUUUUACAAUUUUUAGCUUCAGUUUAUGGAAAUAAAUUACCAACAAUUGAACAUAAUUUAGGUCUGAGUGCUCAUAAUGCUUAUUUACAAAAUAAUCCAACUACAUCAACUUUUUAUAAUCCUUAUCAAACAAAUCCAAAUACUCCACAACCAUCAUCUUCAUCAACAUCAACAACAAAUAAUGGGGUUGUUGAUUAUAAUUCAAAUAAUUCAAAUCCAAAUACAAUGAAUAAACCACCAACAAGAACAAGAUUAAUGAUUUCUCAACAUCGUCAUGUUUCAAAUUCAAAUUCAAAUACUCCAAACUCUGAGGAUUCGCCAAUUCAAGAAAUUGCUCGUACACCAAAUAAUUUUCAACAACAACAACCAUUUACACCAAAUUAUUCAAUUGGUACACCACAAGGUUUUAAUAAUAAUAGUCCAUAUAAUAAUCAAUAUCUGCCAUCAGAUGAUUUCCAAAAUUCAAAUCCAAGUAUAAAUCAACAAUUAAAUCAUGCUCAACAACAAUUACAUCAAGCUCAACAACAACAAGCUCAAUUACGUGCUCAACAACAACAAGUUCAACAGCAACAGCAGCAACAGCAACAAGUUUUCAAUCAACAACAACAAGGACAACAAAUGCAAGGACAAGGCCCAUCAUCUGAUAGACCAAAUGUUACAACUCAUCAACCAAGUUUUGAUGAUUUAUCAAGAACUAUUGAAGAACAAGGUCAAUCAAUUAAUGAUAUUAUAUCAAGAAUUCAACAAGGUCAACCAAAUAAUCAAGAACAAAGUAGUAAUAAUAAUAAUAAUAAUACACAACAAAUUGGGAAUGGUAUAGAACAAUAUGAAACUUCAUCAACUUCAUCAUCAAAUAAUAAUCCAAAUACAUUUGAUUUAGAUGAUUUUUUAAAUCAAGAAGUUUAUUUACCACAAGAAGAUCCAACAACAACCAUUGGAGGAACUGGUGGAUCAAAAUUAGGUAAAGUUCAUGAAAUUUAUGAUGCUAAUGAUGAUGAUGAUGAUGAUGAAGAUAUUGAAGAAAUUAUUAAUCCAAGUAAAAAAAGAAAAAAUUAUAAAAGAUGA